AUGAACAGGUCUUACAAGGACAAACAUUCUUCAUAUGCUCCAGUAAAAGGGUUACGUUAUGACGGGAUUUACCGAGUUGAAAAAUGCUGGCGAACAGUUGGAGUUCAAGGCUUCAAGCUCUGCCGAUAUUUAUUUGUUAGGUGUGACAAUAAUCCUGCUCCAUGGACCAGUGACAUGUCUGGCGAUUUUCCUAGACCUUUGCCGGUGAUUAAAGAGCUUGAAAAGGCAUUCGAUAUAACCAAGGGAAAAGAAAGCCCGGCGUGGGACUUUGAUGACGUUGAUGGCUGCUGGAAGUGGAUGAAACCACCACCAAUGAUCAAGCAAAAAGAAAAUACCGGCGGUUCUGAUUCCCGGAAGAUGCCAAGGAGCAGCACUGUAGUCAAGCAAGCACUGAACGUAGCCGCUAGGAAGAGGCUUCAAAAGGAAUUUGGUUGUGGGAUCUGUGAGCAAGUGCUGGGUAUGCCAGUAACAACACCUUGUGGUCAUAAUUUUUGCAUGUCAUGCUUAGAAGCUGCAUUUUCUGGGAAGUCACUUCUGAAGGCUUCAAAGCAAAGGAAAGUUGAUGCUGCCGACAACGAGGGUUGA